CCGGCGCAAUAGUUCAUAGCAGUGAUCAUGAUAAAGCUGAUAUUGGUGGUCGGGCUGUGUGCCCUUGCAGUUGUGGCUACUGGCCAGAGGAGGCCUCUGGGGGCCCCGGCUAAUGCUGACCCCAGCGAAGAGGGUGUACGUAGGGCAAUGUCUUUCGCCCUCCAUGAAUAUAACAAAGCCAGCAACGAUAUGUACGCCCACAAAAUAGAGAAGAUCAACAGCGUGACGAAACAGAUUGUCUCUGGAGUUAAUUACGUGUUUGAUGUUGACAUCACUCGUACUAAAUGCAGGAAGCCAACAUCUGACUUGGCGAAUUGUGAAUCUUAUUCCGAUCCAGGCUCGUCUAAGGCUGUGAACUGCUUAUUUACAGUGUAUAGUGUUCCUUGGCUGGGAACACAUGAAGUUAAGAAAACCACGUGCAGUUAAGAUAUUUUCAUCGGUCUCAAUAUCCUAUGAUGGAUAAUUCCUCUUGCUUGGUAUAUAGAGCAGUAUACGAUAACUACAUUUGUUUUUUUAGUAAGGAAUGGUUUAACAUAACUCAGACAUUGUAUUGAUUUUACUGACAAUAAAAAGCAUUUUAACAUUCAU